UUCUCUCUCCUUCAUCUUUUAAGCUGUCAUUAAGCUUAUUGUUACUUUAUCCAUUAAGCAAAAAUGGGGUUUAAGUCAUCUGAUAAACCAAAGUUAAAACACAAGAAGGGUUUAUGGUCACCGGAAGAAGACCAAAGGCUCAGAAACCAUGUUCUCAAGCACGGCCACGCUUGCUGGAGCUCCGUUCCUGUUAAUGCCGGUUUGCAAAGGAAUGGAAAAAGCUGCAGAUUGAGAUGGAUUAAUUACCUGAGACCAGGAUUAAAGCGAGGAAUGUUUACUGUACAAGAAGAAGAAACAAUCUUGUCCCUCCAUCGCCUGUUAGGGAACAAGUGGUCACAAAUUGCUCAGCAUUUGCCUGGAAGAACUGAUAAUGAGAUAAAGAACUACUGGCAUUCACACCUGAAGAAAAAACUGGCCAAAUUUGAAGAACUGGAAGCUCAUAUCAAAACGCAGUGCACCGCUACUUCAAGCUCAGAGAAUAUGGAUUCUUCAGUAAUCUCUCCUGAUAAUAAUCUCAACACUCGAAUUCCAAGCUAUGACUCGUUAAUGAAUCACAUGGAGAAAUCAUCAAGUGAUAAUAAUGACUUGGCUAAAGAGGGUCACAAAAGCUGCUUGCCAAAGCUUUUAUUUGCCGAGUGGCUGUCAGUAGAGAAUGUUCAUAGUGGGAGCUCUGUAAAUUCAGGUCAUGAGCAAGUGGUUUCCAGGGAUGGCUUUAAUAAUCACAACACAAACUUUGUUCAAGAUUCUUUCACGCAUGGUUGUUUUUUGAAUGAGGGAGCAUUUGGUGGUGAUUUCCAUACUGGAUUUAACAAUGGUUUGGUGGAUGAAAUGUUUAACGUCUCGGGAUUCAAGUUCGAAGAUCAGAUUUCUGGAAUUGGGUUCGUGGAUUCUAUCUCAGGGGAUGACAUAUGUAGCCAUUUGAAUAUGAACAAUGAUGUAAUGUACAUAUGAGAGCAUGCAUGUUGUUAAUAGUUCAAAAUUUCAGGGCAUGAAGAA